AUGACCGACUCCAAGGACAUCAAAGAAAUCGACUCGGCCGUUCGAGCCACCAAGACUGGAUUCGGUCGCGACUACGGAACGUCCUCUAGCUCUUCAGCACCCUUGAAACACGGACAUCCAGACAUCGUCCAAGUCAGCGCUGAACGACGUGGUGUUAAUGACGGAGAUGGAUCGGACAAGAAAACAUGGCGCUCCAAAUUCGCGUACUUUAAAACCAAGGAUUUUUGGUUCAUUCUGGCCCUAGGUCAGAUACUGGCUAUCUGCAUCACGGGCACCAAUACUUUGACGACGCUUUUGGUCAUUGAGGGAACCAGCAUUCCAGCAUUCCAAACUUUGUUCAAUUACGUAUUGCUUAAUAUCAUCUACACGAGCUACACUCUCUACAGAUAUGGGUUUCGCAAAUGGACGCACUUAUUGAUUCGUGAUGGUUGGAAGUAUAUCAUUCUGGCCUUCUUCGACGUCGAAGGCAAUUAUUUCACGGUCCUUGCUUACAGGUACACGACGAUCCUCUCCGCUCAAUUGAUCAACUUCUGGGCCAUCGUGGUCGUGGUGGUCGUUUCGUUCGUCAUCCUCCGUGUUCGAUACCAUUGGGCUCAGGUCCUGGGCAUCUUCAUCUGCAUUGGCGGAAUGGGCAUGCUCCUGGCAUCCGAUCACAUUACAGGGUCCAACGGUGGCGAUGUCCCCGCCGGCGAUCAAUUGAAAGGUGACCUCUUCGCCCUGGUCGGAGCCACCUGCUACGGACUCUGCAACGUGUACGAGGAGUGGUUCGUCUCUGGCCGCCCACUGUACGAAGUCAUCGGCCAACUGGGAUUCUGGGCCACCAUCAUCAACGGCGUCCAAGCCGCCAUCUUCGACCGUCACUCCUUCCGCCACGCGACCUGGAACGGCAAAGUCGGCGGCUACCUCACCGGGUACACAUUGAUUUUGACGAUUUUUUACACGCUGGUCCCGAUUCUGUAUCGCUUUGCAAGCGCGGCGUUCCAGAAUAUAUCCCUCCUGACGGGCAAUUUCUGGGGUGUUAUUAUCGGGUUGAGGGUGUUCCAUCUGCAUGUACACUGGAUGUAUCCCAUUGCCUUCACGCUCAUUAUGAUCGGUCAUUUUGUGUAUUACUUUGGAAAAGGAGUUAUGGGCGAAGCCGCCAAGGCAUGGCUUGGUGAAGAUCAGGAGAAGGGCAUUGACGGAUUUGGAUCGGCCAAGAGAAGGAUCAGAAAGAUGCAGGAGAGUGCGGCUGGAACCCGGGGCAUGGAAGGCCCUGAGACUGCGGGAGUGGUGUAA